AUGGUAUCCAGAAUCAAACUUUUGGCUUGGAACAGAGGUGAAGCGGGGGCGGGCAGCGGGUCCGAAGUGACGCGGGAGACCGUGGCGCGAGGCGGCGAGGUGACGAGCCAGGAGCACGCGCUGCCUCAGCCCACGUGUCCGCGAGAUUUAAAAGUUCGCAGCGUGCCGGACUGUCAGUUCCGCGGCCGAGCCCAGCGAGCGCGCACCAGGGACGCAGAGACACCGCCAGGACUCUGCGUGGGACAGCGCAGGGUCCCGAGCCCCCAGCCGCCCGCAGGAGCAGAGAUGCCGCCAGUAGCGAGCCGCCGCCCGGGGCUGUCCCCGGGACAAGCGGCUGCGGCGUUCCGGCUCCUGGCGCUGCUGCUGCUGCUCUCCUAUUGCGCGCGCGCCUGUCGAGGUGCUCCAAUAUUACUUCAAGGAUUACAGCCUGAACAAGAACUACAGUUGUGGAAUGAGAUAGAUGCUACUUGUUCAUCUUUCCUGUCCAUUGGUUCUCAGCCUCAGGUAACCAAUGCAUUGGAGGAGCUUUGCUUGAUGAUCAUGGGGACUCUACCAAAGUCCCAGAAAGCAAAUGAAAAAGAUAAUACCAAAAGGUUCUUAUUUCAUUAUUCGAAGACACGGAAGUUGGGUAAUUCGAAUGUGGAAGAAUUCCAAGGUCCUAUUACAAGCCAAAGUCGAAGAUACUUUUUAUUCAGGGACCCAAAUGAAGAUACAGAAUGGAAUGAAAUUUUAAGAGAUUUUGGCAUUCUUCCUCCAAAAGAAGAACCAAAAGAUGAAAUUGAAGAAAUGGUUUUACAUUUACAGAAAGAAGCAAUGGUUAAACCAUAUGAAAAGAUGACUCUUGCACAGUUGAAGGAAGCUGAAGAUGAAUUUGAUGAUGAAGAUAUGAGAGCUAUUGAAACAUAUAGAGAAAAGCGAUUACAGGAAUGGAAAGCUCUUAAGAAAAAACAAAAAUUUGGAGAGUUAAGAGAAAUUUCUGGAAAUCAGUAUGUGAAUGAAGUCACGAAUGCAGACAAAGAUGUAUGGGUUAUAAUUCAUCUAUACAGAUCAAGCAUACCGACAUGUUUGUUGGUUAACCAGCAUCUUAGUCUCCUAGCAAGAAAGUUUCCAGAAACUAAAUUUGUUAAAGCCAUCGUGAAUAGCUGUAUUCAACACUAUCAUGACAACUGUUUACCAACAAUUUUUGUUUAUAAAAAUGGUCAGAUAGAAGGCAAAUUCAUUGGAAUUAUAGAAUGUGGAGGGAUAAAUCUCAAGCUAGAAGAACUUGAAUGGAAACUAGCAGAAGUCGGAGCAAUACAGACUGAUUUGGAAGAAAACCCCAAAAAAGGCAUUGUAGAUGUGAUGGUAUCUUCAAUUAGAAACACUUCUAUUUAUGAUGACACCAAUAGUUCAAGCAGUGAUAAUGAUGAUACCAAAUAG